GAAAUUCGUGGCGUCACGUCCGUUUGCCGUCGUCAGUCACGGGUUGGAGAAGAUGGGGGGCAAACAAGCGCCGUCGUAGCGAGACGUCAAGUGAAAUCAGAGCGAAAAUGCCGCAUACAUGCGCUGUUCUCGCGUGUGGGAAUCGUUCAAAUAGGAAUUACGGCAAAGGUUACUACAGGGUUCCUAAGAUAAUCUACCACAAAGGGAAAAAAGUGGAAGAAACAACCCAAAAACGCCGAGAAAGGUGGCUACUGAACCUGUCGCUCUCGUCGAGCGGAGCCGAGUCCGUACACGCUCGAGUUUGCAGCGACCACUUUGUUCAAGGGAAACCGAGCGCGUUGUACGAUGUGGAAAACCAAGACUGGGCUCCAACACAAAACCUCGGACGCAAGAAAGUGAAAGUAAACGCAACGCUGCCCAACCCGAGGAGUGAUCACACUGAGCUCCGUGAGGAGAAACGCAGACGCACUGAAGGCGCAGAGGCUUUGCUCGUGCUUCACAAUCAGCCCGAACCGGAAGCUGCAGAUGUGGUGGAGCACAUCCUAGAUCCAGAUCCAGAUCCAGAUCCAGAUCCAGAUCCAGAAGGAGGCCAAGGUGCAGAAAAUGCCGCCGCAGGUUGCCAGACGGAUCUGACCAUGGCUGAAAUCGAAAGGAUGGAAAAUGGACUGAAAGCGAUGGCCGUCCAGUUAAUAGCGCUCAGAAAGAAAACCUUGGAUACACAACUCACACAAGAGGCCUUUGAGGAAAAUACGGACAAAACCAAGAGCGACGCGGGGCGGCGGAAAUUUUUAGACUUCAUGCAAAUGUUUCAGGAAAAAUUUUUGUAAUGUUUUUACGCUAAUACGUUUCCCCCUGGCCAAAAACCGAAUGAAACAAUCACGUUUAUAUAUGUAAAUAUACAUAAUAACUUGCUAGUCUUUUAGUGGCCAGUAUAGUUCUAUAUUCUAUAUCGGUGUCCAAACUGCAGCUCUUUUUUUUUAUUAGCCUGUGGCACAUUCUAAAAAUAUAAUUUCAUAAGAAAAAUCAAUGGCUACUUUUGGAAUGGCUUUUUUCCCCUGAAAACCGAUUUCCAUUUCCGAUACCGAUAUCAGCUGAGAGCGAUAUGCGUAACAUGACGCAGCAUCGGUUUUCAUGAUUGGGAAAAAAAAUCAGAUACCGAUAAUUAUCAGUACCAAUAAUUAUCUAGUUAUUUCACAAGAAUAAAGUCCAAAUAUUAAGAGAAAAAAAGUGUACUUUAUUGAGGAAAAAUAGCAUAAUAUGUGGACUAAUAAUGUCUCAGUAGCACAAUGUUUCAUUAUUAAAGAAACAAUAUGAGGUAUGUAGUCAUAAUAUUGUGACCAAAACAAAACACAGUUGUCAU